UGGCCAUCGUCGUCGCGCUGUGGACUAAUGGCCGCCGUCAUCCGUUCGCCGCCGUUCGACCGUCUUCCCCUGUGGGUUAACCGAUUUUUCUGGGCAUUUUUCCACUGUUUGUUCACCGACAACGUUUUCCGACGAAAUAUUCGUGAAACGACCUAUUCGAGUGGUUGAUAGCAAACUCAACUUGCACACACACACACGCGGACGGUAUUGUUCAAAACGAUAUCCAGAACGCCCAGCUUUGGCAGCCGCCGUCGCCGCCGCUGUUGACAGCACUAUCUCGUGGUGACCUUUGCGCGGCCGUCGAACCGGACAAGCCGCCGCCGCCGCCGUCGUUGGACAUAAGGCCGGAUUUGUCAUUCCUCAAGAGUGGCUGGCCAUCGGUUUUCGGACAUGACUUGGACCACGGAUGUCUCAAUGUCACGGUAAAGCUGUACGCCAACAAGCCCUGUCACUGUACGCUGUCUGAGAUAUCGGCAACGUAUGUCCACAAUCGAUAGCUAAAGGUACUAUAUUGCAAUCAUGGGAGCUCCAAGUCAGUUGAAAAUUGACAACUGGGGCAAUUUUUUCAUGCAACGGCUUAAUAAUUUGGCGAAAAAUGACGAGUAUUGCGAUUACACUAUUCGUUCUACAACCAACGAAUCGUUCAAAGUUCACCGCGUUGUUUUAAACACGUGUUCAGAUUAUUUUGUUUCCCAUCCAAACAGCGAUACUUCCAUGACCAUGCCCGCCCAUCUAAACUUUAACGCCGUCAAGAGUGUGGUGAUGUUUAUGUACACGGGACAGCUUCAUUAUACAGAAGAUUCACGUUUGGCAUUGCUCGAGGUCGCUGACAUGUUACAAGUGAAUGUCCUACUCAAGCUUUUGGAGUCUCAGUCUGGGGCGUUGAACAAAACGCUCGAGUACCAGGGGAUUGCGUCCUCUUCCAAGCCGCAUUCGGCCAUCGCUCUGAACCAAUACAGACCGGCGAAAAAACAGAUUGUACAAUUCAACACGACCGUGAGAUCACCGCCCGAACAUACGCCCGCUUCGACUUUUAUCAACACGAUGAAAGUCAAAGACGUGUUGAGCGAACACAAACCCAUGCGUUUCGAUUGCGACGCCGAAGAUGUGCCCGAAUUUUUAGAAAAUACAUUCGAAUUGCCGCGGUACGACAGCGAGCCGUUGAUUAAACAAGAAAAUUUAGAAUGCGCCAGAGCAAUGCUUAAACGAGCUGCCAACGGAGAAGUAAUCGGCAAAAACGAAAACAAAAAGCCUCAGGUCACCAAAGGUGAGGUGGUUCAGUCUGCCACGUCGUCUCCGGCGGGCAAGAAAUUAAAAAUCGUCAGCGAUACCAACCCGGAGAACACCAACAGCAAAGUGGUACAGGAAAUCUUAAAGAAAUUCCCUCACUUGUUGCAGAGCAAAGGCAAUAUUAAAUUGAAAAUAAUGUCGAGUAGCAACCACAGUCAGUUUGAGAGCAUAAUUAUCAACACGCCCAAUUCGGUGAACAAAAUACUACCGGCCGGCACCAGCGUCAAGGAACCUUUGACCACGCACAAAGUGAAACCGGACAUAAACAACACUAAAGGGCCGUGGUCGUGCGAUCUAUGCGGAACCGAGUCGGACCCUUUAAAAUUGGACACCUACUUAACGUUCAGGCGGCACUUGGUCGAAAAACACAACGAAAAAGAAGAUACUCGCAUUUGUGAACACUGUGGCCAUUUCUCAGUUCGUAAAAGUCUACAGAUUCAUCACAUGUACACCAAACACAACAUCACGCCUCCGGAUGAGUACAAAUUUCCCAAAUGCAGCAAAUGCGGCUUUAUCGCCACGACAGAUGUGCAUUUAAAUCGACAUAAAAUUUUGAAUAAAUGCAUUAGCUCGCAGUCUCCGAAACGGGAAAUGUUAAACAAUUACACAUGCAAUGAAUGUUCCAGAAUAUUCCGGUCGAGCCUCAUGCUCAAAGCACAUUUGAGAAAUUUCCACAAACUCCACGAGACGUCGUCAAAAGAGAUACUUAUUCCUGUAGUGGACAGUUCGUCUCUGCCGCCCGGUUCUAAAAUUAUAGCCGAAAACAAAGGCAGCGAUAAAGUCGAAGAAGUCACGCUGAACAACGACGACGUCCUGAAAGAAUCGGAAAACCUAGUUAAAGACGAAACGCCAGAAUGCGAAGAAGCCACCGAAGUCGAAACGGUCACCCUAGAAGAUGCGGCGCAAGAAAAAGUCGUCAAGCCCGUUGACCUGACCGAAGAAUGGGACGACUUUGAUGACGGAGACACGUCCAAGCAAGCGGAGUCCUCUGACAAAGAUGACGAUGAUAACGCGGCAAAACCUAGUAGAAUAGAUUUAGACUAAGAACUUGUCGCUCGACAUAUAAGAGUUGCAGCUCUUUUAUUUUGUUAAUUUAUUUUUCGUUGAACUUUUUUCCAAGGACUUGUUUAUUUUCUCCAUAGUGAUUUUGAUAUUUUCAUAAUUCAUUUAAAUUAUUUAAUACAUGUAAGCUAUAUUUGUAAUUUACAUAUUUUCUUACCUAUUAUAAAUUAAUGUUAGAUUCGAGGUCCAGGACAACACAGGUGAUAUACGCUUAGUUACGAUUCAUAUUAUUAUUAUGUUCUAUCAAGUAUGUUGUAUUGUAAAUUUAAUAAGAAAUCCAUUUCAGCUAUUACGAUUUUUGUAAUUUCGAUAAAAUGAAUUUUUGUAGUUUAUUAGUUUACAUUAAAUUCUCAUGAAUUUCGUUGUAACAACUAUUAUUAUAUAAUAUAAUUUGUAAAAAUCACAGACAGUCUUGCUUGAUAGUCCUUGCGAAUAUUGUUUUGAUUUCCAAAAAGUUUGAUGAAAAAUUUGGAACCAAACUCUAAUAAUAUUAAUUCAUUUGUCAUCAAUGAAGUGUUAUUAAAAACCGAAAUAAUUACAGUCAGUUUUUGUUAAUCAUAUUUUAUGUGCCAUAAUGUUAUAAAUGAAAAACAAUAUUUUCUCGAUGUUAUUAAUUUGCUUACGAAACCGAACUAGGAUAUGUUAAUGGUAUUUUUCUACAAUUUUUAUUAUAUAAAUUCAAAGUUUUUAAAAGAUGAUUUAGCUUCUUUUUUUUUUGUAUAAAAUGAGUUGGAAUUGAAAAUUAUUUUUAUAUUGGUUGAUGAUCUAUGAACACUAAGCUAUGUACCAAAAUUAUAAUAUUUGAAUAACUAAAAUGAAAAAAAAAGUGUUUUGUACUCGUGGUUACAUUUUAAAUAACAUAAAAGUAUAUUAUAAUAUAUUUGCUCAGACGUACGACAGGAGAAAAUAUUAAUUGUGUGACUUGCUUUAAUUCAUAAUCAAACGAUAGUCUUAUAUAAUAUGUUAUUCGUUAGAUUUAAGUUAUUUAUUAUUAUAAUAGUAAAUAUUUUUUUAUUAUAGUCUUAAAAAAGAAAAAAUAUGAAUUAGUUUGGCUACAAGAAAUGGCUGACGACUCUUAAACGAUUUGCGAUACGCCCACUCACAUAUAGUAAAUAUAUACUUAAUAUUAUCAUAAAUCAAAUUUGGAAAUACGAAUGUUACUUAACAAUUUUCAAAACUAAACGAAUUAUCGAAAGAAAACCUGGACAAUUUUGAUUUAAUUAAUAAUUGGCAUUUUUAUUAAGCUUGUUAAAUAUUUUUUUGUUC